AUGGCCGAGGUUGUGGAGGUUGAGAAUGUUGAAACCCAAGGUUGUGAAUUUAUUAGUGAAAAAAUGUUAGAGGCCCAAAGAAAAGAUUUGUGCAAAGAACUUGAAAAGCACCCAUGUCUGUGGGAAACUUGUGGACCAGAGUAUAAAAACAAGCCACGAAGGUCAAGGGCUCUGGAUGAGUUAUGUCAAAAAUUUAACAUUUCACCAAGCUGUCUCAAAAAACAACUACAUAGCCUUAGAACGGCAUUGACAAGGGAAGUAAAGAAAGAAACCACAGAGGGUCAACAGUCGAGGUGGAAAUUUUACACCGCUUUAUCGUAUAUGAAAGAUGACGUUGUCCGUUCUCUUAAAGCGAAGGAAGAAACUGAGUGGACUGAAGAAGAGACGGAGCAAUUGAUUGAGUUUUACAAGCAAAACGACCAGCUAUGGAAUCAUCACCUUACUUCAUAUAGGGACAGAAACUUGAGAGACUUAAAUUUCAAGAAGCUGUGUGAAAUUCUACCGAACAGAAGCCAGGAUGAUGUUAAAAAACAGUGGAGUUCGUUAAAAACCAUUUUCUACCGGGAAUUAAAAAGGGAAGAAGACACGAAGGUGAGUGGAGCGGGUACCGACACGGCAUACUUUUCCCAAUGGAGAUAUUUCAAAGCAAUGAUGUUCAUAAAAGGGAGCGACGAUGUAGAUCCUGCCGUUACUGCCCUUGCAACUGCUGAUGAAAAAGAAAACGAGAGACCAGCCAAGAAAACAAAGGCAGAUAAAUUGAGAGAAAUGGACGAAAUAAAAUUUGAUUUUUUCAAGGAAGCCGUGAAAUGCCUUCAAAGCCCAGCAGCAGCAAGUCAGGAAAACAAUGAUUCAAUCAGCUUGUUUGUGAAGUCACUGGAGUCUCAGUUACGACGGUUUUCUGGUCGACAACUUGCUAUAGCAAAGAAAAGGAUUAACGAUGUCAUUUUUGAUUUGGAAAUGGAAUGCUACGUUCCUCAAGGUACACUUGCUCCUACAAGUACAUGUAGCUCGCUGUCUACAGGCCUCAAUGCUUUCAACCCACAAGCUCCAGUAACUAGUUUGAACUCUGACAAUUUUAACUGGUCUUGA